UAACUUUACCUUUUUUCUCCAGGACUGUCAUCAGCCUUUUCUGGAGCAACUCCUGAUGAUCAGCUUAUGUUUGCUGGUGAAAUUUUGCAACUAGCAUUUCAUAUUCUAUGCUUGUGGCAGGGAACUGCAAAACAUCGGAGCAAAAUGAGUUUCAAAGAAUACAAGACAUAUGUGGAGCUAGGAGACACUGUGAUUCUGUACCUGAACAUCAAGAACAUCCAUGCCAUUAAUGUCUCAGAUGAAGUCAAGAACAAAAAAGGCAACAUGGUUCCAAACAUAUUCCAAACUGUUUAUGGUGCCUUGAAGGUGAAGGAUCUUGUUGGUCUGAAGUACGGCUCGCAAGUGCAGAUGUCGCGCGGCUGGGCGUUCGCGCUGCACCCGACGCCCGAGCUGUGGACUCUGACGCUGCCGCACCGCACGCAGAUCCUCUACACGCCCGACAUCAGCAUGGUGCUGACUCAGCUGGAGCUGAGGCCGGGUAGUGUGGUCUGCGAGGCAGGUACUGGCAGUGGCUCCCUCUCGCACGCCAUCCUGCGCACCAUAGCGCCCUCUGGCCACCUGCACACGUUCGACUUCCACGAGCAGCGCAGCCAGCUGGCCGGCGAGGAGUUCCGCGCACACGGCGUUGCCGACUACGUCACGGCCAAACACAGGGACGUGUGCGGAGAGGGGUUUGGUCUGGAGGAUGUGGCCGACGCCGUGUUCCUGGACCUGCCGGGACCCUGGGACGCCGUGCCGUUCGCCGUCCGCGCCAUCAAACGAUCAGGUGGCCGCAUCUGUUCUUUCUCGCCGUGCAUAGAGCAGGUGCAGAAGACGUGCGAGAGUCUGCGGCGGCUUGGCUUCGUCCAGCUGCAGACACUAGAGUGUCUGCAGCGCGAGUUCCAGGUCCGCAAGUCGACCAUGACCGUGUUCGACCUCAGCCAGCCGCCGCCAGAUGCCACUACUGACACCGACCAGCCGAGCCGGAAGGCGGCGACUGAGCAGAAGCCACGUGACGUCCUGACGGGCAUACCGCUGACCUGCAUGCCCGGACACACGGGCUACCUGACGUUCGCCUCUCUGCCGCCGGCCCUGGCCAGCACGGCAUAGCUGGUGUCCAGCUACUGGCGGACUUUUACAAUAUAUUCAUAUGGACUUCGUA